AUGCCGGCUACGAAGCAACGAAAGGUCGCGAUAGUGGGCAGCCGUGCCGUCGGCAAAUCCUCCCUCACAGUGCGCUUCGUCGAAGGCACCUUUGUCGAAAACUACUAUCCCACCAUCGAAAACACCUUCAAUCGCACCAUCAAGCACAAGGGACAGGACUACAUCACCGAGAUCGUCGACACUGCUGGCCAGGACGAAUACAGCAUCCUCAACUCGAAGCACUUCAUCGGCAUCCACGGCUACAUGAUCGUCUACUCCGUCGCCUCCAGACAGUCCUUUGAGAUGGUCACCGUCAUCCGCGACAAGAUCCUCAACCACCUCGGCCAGGAUUGGGUUCCUCUCGUCCUCGUCGGGAAUAAAUGCGACCUCCCAUCGGACGUGCGAACGGUGAGCGCGGAAGAAGGCAAGAAGCUGGCAGAGAGCUUCAACUGCGCCUGGGCCGAAGCCAGCGCCCGCAACGACACGAACGUCUCCUCCACCUUCGAGCUGAUGAUUGCUGAGAUCGAAAAGUCCCAGACGCCCAGCGAGCCGGCGAAUAACGGCAAGUGUAUCGUCAUGUAG